GAAAUAUGUUUCACAACUACGUCUACAAACAAACUUUCCUCAACCAACAUCAACAUAUUCACUUCAAUUAUCAUCUCCUCAUUCAUAUCAUAUAUUCAUCAUUUCUCAAAUGACUUCUCGGGCCACAAUACCUCCUCUCCUCCUCUUCCUCUUCUUCAUCUGUGCAGCCGUCGCUCAAGUCCCGACGGCCUAUGAAAUACUACAAGAAUACGAUCUCCCCGUUGGUCUGCUUCCGACAAACGUUACAGUGUACACCCUGAACAGAGAAACUGGAGAGUUCCAUGUUAAUCUGGGUGAAAACUGUACGUUUAAAAACGAUGGGUACGAAGUAAAGUACAAACCUAUGAUCAGUGGAGUGAUCAGAAAAGGCAAGGUGACGAAGUUGAAGGGGGUAAGUGUAAAAGUUAUGUUAUUCUGGGUGCAAAUUGUGGCGGCUAUUCGGGACGAAGGUGAGGUGGAUUUCUCGGUCGGGAUGUUGAAGGCGGGGAUCGAUAUCGAGGCGUUUGAGGAGUCUCCGCAGUGCGGUUGCGGGUUCAAUUGUGUUGCUUCAGAAGGUAAGGGGAAAGUUUCGAAUAUUUUGGACUGGUCGAUGUGAUUCAUGUUGUAAGGCUUUGGUUUGGUGUUAAGUUUCUAAGCGGAAUAAUAAUGUACGUGUUCUA